CGGGCCAGAAUGCCGGUGCUGGAGCGCUUCUUCCCCGCGGCAGAGCCGGGCAGGCGGAGGAGGACGGGAGAAGAGCCCAUGCCCUUUCCCAUGGGCAGCCUGCCCGGUUAUCAGCAGGGGACCCUGGCUUGGGACUUGCCCGAGAUGAUCAAGAUGGUAAAGCUCGUUUGGAAAUCCAAGGGGGAGCUCCGCGGGGCGAAGCACAGAGGCGUUUUGGAGAGCGAGGAUGCCCUGGGCGGUUCGGCAGGAGAUGCACGGGUGAGAGGUCAGACAGGGGUUGUCUCCGAGCGCCGUGGCUCCUACCCAUUUAUAGACUUCCGUCUUCUUAACAAUACUACACUCUCAGGGGAAAUCGGCACCAAGAAAAAAGUGAAAAGACUGUUAAGUUUUCAGAGGUAUUUCCAUGCAUCCCGGUUACUGCGUGGAAUUAUACCACAAGCCUCUCUGUAUCUACUGGAUGAGGACUACCUUGGGCAAGCAAGGCAUAUGCUAUCCAAAGUGGGUAUGUGGGACUUUGACAUUUUCUUGUUUGAUCGCUUGACAAAUGGAAACAGUCUCGUGACACUGCUCUGCCACCUCUUCAAUGUGCAUGGACUUAUUCACCAUUUCCAGUUAGACAUGGUUACAUUACACAGGUUUUUUGUUAUGGUUCAAGAAGAUUACCAUAGCCAGAACCCAUACCACAAUGCUGUCCAUGCCGCUGAUGUCACACAAGCUAUGCACUGCUAUCUGAGGGAGCCCAAGCUUGCCAACUUCCUCACCCCAUCGGACAUCAUGCUCGGACUGCUCGCUGCUGCAGCUCAUGAUGUGGAUCACCCAGGGGUCAACCAACCCUUUCUGAUUAAAACUAAGCAUCACCUUGCCAGCUUGUACCAGAACGUUUCUGUGCUGGAGAACCACCACUGGCGCUCUACCAUAGGCAUGCUUCGAGAGUCACGUCUGCUCGCCCACCUGCCCAAGGAGGUCACACAGGACAUUGAGCAGCAGUUGGGCUCCCUGAUCUUGGCAACAGACAUCAACAGGCAGAAUGAGUUUUUGAUCCGUCUGAAAUCUCACCUUGACAAUCAGGAUUUGAGGCUGGAGGAUGCACAAGAUAGACAUUUUAUGCUUCAGAUUGCACUCAAGUGUGCUGACAUUUGCAACCCUUGCCGGGUCUGGGAUCUGAGCAAACAGUGGAGUGAACGGGUCUGCGAAGAGUUUUACCGGCAAGGUGAUCUGGAACAAAAGUUUGAACUGGAAAUAAGCCCCCUUUGUAAUCAACAGAAGGAUACAGUACCAAGCAUCCAGAUUGGGUUCAUGACAUACAUCGUUGAGCCACUCUUUGAGAGGUGGGCCCAGUUUACCGGCAACACUCCCCUAUCUGAAAAUAUGCUAAACCAUCUCAGGAGGAACAAGGCCAAGUGGAGAAGUUUGCUCCACAAGCAACACAGCAGUAGUAGGAGCAACGACCACUCAGGCCAAGUGACUGGCAGCCAGGAACAGACUUUAAAUGAAGAAGAGACUCCUUAG